AAUGCUGGGGAAGAGAAAAAUGUAGACUGCGGAAAGAAGAAGAUGAAGGAAGGGGCCGGCGAUGGAGGGCGGACGGAGUUGAAUCCCUGGCCUGCGUUUAUCAAUGAGCGUUUAGAGAUGUACAAUAAACUCAAAGCUGAACAUGACGCACUCCUUGCAGAAAGGGCUGCAAAUGACAGUAAACCCAUUAAAGUUACUUUACCUGAUGGCAAGCAGGUUGAUGCUGAAUCCUGGAAGACUACUCCUUAUCAAAUUGCUUGUGGAAUUAGUCAGGGCUUAGCUGACAACACUGUCAUUGCUAAAGUGAACAAGAUGGUUUGGGAUCUAGACCGUCCUUUGGAGGAGGAUUGUACCCUGGAGCUGCUUAAGUUUGAAGAUGAAGAGGCUCAAGCAGUGUACUGGCACUCAAGUGCUCACAUAAUGGGUGAAGCUAUGGAGCGAAUCUAUGGUGGCUGUUUGUGCUAUGGACCACCAAUAGAAAAUGGAUUUUAUUAUGACAUGUUCCUUGAGGAAGGAGGUGUAUCAAGUAAUGACUUCUCGGCUUUGGAAACGCUGUGCAAAAAGAUAAUGAAGGAAAAACAAGCCUUUGAAAGACUGGAAGUCAAGAAGGAAACACUACUUGAAAUGUUUAAGUAUAAUAAAUUCAAGUGUCGCAUCCUGAAUGAGAAAGUCAAUACUCCAACUACAACAGUAUACAGGUGUGGCCCCUUGAUAGAUUUAUGCAGAGGGCCUCAUGUCAGACAUACUGGGAAAAUAAAGACCAUAAAAAUCCAUAAG